AUGCCAUUUUUGGGUCAAGACUGGAGGUCUCCUGGAUGGAGUUGGAUUAAAACAGAAGACGGCUGGAAGAGAUGCGAGUCCUGCAGUCAGGAACUUGGAAGAGAGAGUAACCAGUGUGACAUUAGUCACAGCAUUAUCUUAAAUAGUGAAGAUGAAGGAAUAUUCAAUGAUGAGGAGCGAGAAUAUGCAUCCAAAAAAAGGAAAAAAGACCAUUUUAGAAAUAACACAAAUACUCAAAGUUUUUAUCGUGAAAAAUGGAUCUAUGUCCAUAAAGAAAGCACAAAAGAAAGGCAUGGCUAUUGUACCCUGGGAGAAGCCUUUAAUCGGUUAGAUUUCUCAAGUGCAAUUCAAGAUAUCCGAAGGUUCAAUUAUGUGGUCAAACUGUUGCAGCUCAUUGCAAAGUCCCAGUUAACUUCACUGAGUGGUGUGGCACAAAAGAAUUACUUCAACAUUUUGGAUAAGAUUGUUCAAAAGGUCCUUGAUGACCACCACAAUCCUCGCCUGAUCAAAGAUCUUCUCCAAGACCUGAGCUCUACCCUCUGUAUCCUUAUUAGAGGAGUGGGGAAGUCUGUGUUGGUGGGAAACAUCAACAUUUGGAUUUGCCGAUUGGAAACUAUUCUCACCUGGCAACAGCAGCUGCAGAAUCUCCAGAUGACUAAGCAAGUGGACAGUGGGCUCACGCUCAGUGACCUCCCUCUGCACAUGCUGAACAACAUCCUGUACCGCUUCUCAGAUGGCUGGGACAUCGUCACUCUGGGCCAAGUGACCCCCACCCUGUACAUGCUUAGUGAGGACAGGCAGCUGUGGAAGAGGCUGUGUCAGUACCACUUUGCCGAAAAGCAGUUUUGUAGACAUUUGAUCCUUUCAGAAAAAGGUCAUGUCGAAUGGAAGUUGAUGUAUUUUGCACUUCAGAAAUAUUACCCCACUAAAGAACAGUAUGGAGACACUUUACAUUUUUGUCGGCACUGCAGCAUUCUCUUUUGGAAGGACUCAGGACACCCCUGCACCGCGGCUGACCCCAAUAGCUGCUUCACACCCGUGUCCCCGCAGCAUUUCAUCGACCUCUUCAAGUUCUGAAGGCUGCCUCAACCACCUGUCCUGCUGUCCAGAAGUGUCCUGGUCCUUGUGUACUUUCGUUUUUGGAGUUCAGUGGCCCAGGCAGAACCAGUAACUUCUACUUAUCUAUGUAAAAACUUUUCUUCUGAGCAUAUUAGGAUUUGCAGUUUUGCGUAUUUAUAUAUAUGGUUUUAAAAAGAUUUUGGAUUUUCAGCCCUAUAAUCUGUGCUCAACUGACACAGAAAGCCUUCUAGAACAUGCUUCUUAAUUGUCAAAUUAUAGCUUCCCCAUUUUAUAGUAAUUGGGAUGGGGGAUAAAACAGUCGAUCCUUGUAAAUACAUUGUGCAGAAUAUUUAUUUUUUCUUAAAACAUAUUUUAACAGCUGCAUUGGCUGUGCCCAAAUGUGUCCUCUUUGAACACAGAAUCCACCUAGGGAAAUAGCAGCACAUUCCACUGGUGGUGGGUCAAUUGUGAAUUAUUCACUGUGCCUCUGACAGCGUGGUGGCCUUGCUCCUGAACACCCAAGGGCAGGUGUGGGCAGGGAGCCUGCUGUGGGGCCACUGUGAGCUCAUGCUGGACUGUGCAGGCACCAAACUGGGAAGGAGUGUUGCCAAGACUGAGUUGGAACAGCCCAGGAUGGUCCAGACUCCUUUUAUGGUCACAUUUAUCUAAUUUACCUUCAUCGAUUUUGCAUCCUAUUGAAGAACAUAGUGAUUUUGAUUUAAUUCAAGUCUUCAAAGGUUGUUUUAUUUUUAAAAUAAUGUGUGUCCACUUUAGACAAUUUUGAAAAUAAAGGUAUAUGAAAGAAAAUAAAAAUCACCCACAAUCUUACUGUCCAUGCUCCGAAGGGAAGGACACAGGGCUCCUCAGCAGCCAGGAGUGGAGAUGUGAGACUGUACGUUUCAUCUUCAGUAGGUUCAAGGGACCCAAGCAAAUCAUUUCUACUUCCUUUAACUAUUUUUUCUUCUCAGUGUAUUAAAAUUUGUAAUUUUACAUAUUUAUAAAUGCAAAUCAAAGAUUUUCAAUGUUGAGCCCCACAUUCUGUGCUGAGUGACAUGAAUGGCCAAGAAUAUGCCCUUUUUGUCAAAUUAGUUUUCCUUCAGGCAAGACACUGACACUGGGUCCUCGGUCAUGUCCACAGGAGUGUGAGUUUUCGUGCUGUGUGCCAUCUUCAUUUCAUAACUAGCCUCUUCAUAGAGGCAUUUACCUGUAUUUUAAAUACUAUUUGAAAACAGGUUUUUUUUUUUUAACGUGAUUGUUCUUGGCUGUGUAGCUUCACCUCAGUGAAACAAACUUCAUCAUCCCAGCAUUCUGGCAGCUUCUGACUUUUGUCACUACCCUCAGUGAUUCUGUGAUGAGCAUUACUGUCCAUAAACGUGCAUGUGAUACUUGUUAUGAUGACCCAGAAGAACCAACACCAUGAGUCGGACAUUUACGGCUUUUAACAUAUAUUUCCAGAUUGCUAGUGAGAAAAGAAAUUGUUAUUAUCUGUCUAAGAAAGGGAACAUGUUACAUUUCCAUUAUCCCGGAAGCACGGUUAUCAUUUCUUUUCCUGUUGGUGCUAUUUUAAUAUUUGACAAAUUGGAUAUGUGCUUUAUUGUGAGGUUGAACAUUUCUGUAUAUUUACUGGCCAUUUGUUUUGUUUCUGGUAAAUUAAUGUGUAUUCUUUGCCUGUUUUUCUUGGGGGUGUUGGUCUUAUUCAUAUGAAUUUCUUAAAAGAAUACCAACCGUUUGAAAUUGUGGUUCUUUCCCCCUGGUGGUCAUACACUUUUUAAUUGUUGGGAUACUAUGCAGCUGUGCUCUGUAAUCACACAUACGUGCAUUUAACAUGUAUAAAUUAAGCAAUAUCUGUUCAGAAAAAAUACUAGUAUUCAUGGUAUUGAGGGGAGGAUUCCAGUAAUUGCACAUGGUUAGUGUAUUGACACGGGUAGCUCACCCAAACUGUUUGAAGCACAUUGGCACUGCUGAGGCAGGUGCACCCCAGGAGUUGGGCAGGUGGUCAAGGUGCCCACUCAUACUGGAGGAUUCUUGGAGAGUGUAGACAAAGGCAGAAUAAAGAGAGUUUUGAUCAGUUAUUUAUGAUAGAUUAGACAGCACCAAACGGAGAUAAGAGGACUCCAAGUUUAUACAUCUGGAUAGUUUAUUUGCAUGCAAAUUCUAUGAGAGGGUCUGCCAAA